AGAGAGAGAGAGAGAGAGAGAGAAAGAGAAAGAGGGUUGUCAUAAGAAACAAAACCCAUUCAAGAAGUCUUCCAAACAAUUAGAUGCCAUUUGAUACCUUUCUAUUUCUCUUUCUAUAUAUAGAAGCAGAUUUCCUUGUUAAAACCAUGCAGUAGGGUUUCUCAUUCUCUUUGUAUCGUUGCUUACAAUCACAGAGAGGCAAGAAAUAAUCUUCCAAUUACAAAAUGGUAUACUCAAUUAAUCUGGGUUUAUGUAGAGAUGUUAAAACCGGACCCGAGCAAGAAAGAAAGCUAGGUGGAAAUAGAGCUGCACUUUUUGUAUAUGCUAUGGAGGGACUAGAGAACAUGGCAUUUGUGGCAAAUGCCAUAAGCCUUGUGACUUAUUUCUACGGGUAUAUGAACUUUAGCUUAACAAAAUCAGCCACCUCACUUACCAAUUUCAUGGGAACUUCUUUUUUACUCACUCUCUUUGGAGGUUUCAUCUCAGACACCUAUUUGUCCAGAUUCAAGACUAGCGUCUUGUUUGGAUGCAUUGAACUAUUGGGAUACGCCAUAUUAACAGUUCAAGCACAUCUUCAUCAACUAAGACCAAUACCAUGCCAAGGAGUUGCACCGGACAAUACGAAUCAAUGCGAGGCCGCAACCGGUGGCCAAGAAGCAAUUUUGUUCACUGGUCUGUACCUUGUUGCAUUAGGUACCAGUGGUGUUAAAUCUGGUUUGCCAUCCUUAGGAGCUGACCAAUUUGACGAAAAAGACCCUAAGGGAGCAGCACAGUUGUCUAGUUUCUUCAACUGGUUCUUGUUUAGCCUCACCACUGGAGCUAUAAUUGGUGUCACUUUUCUUGUCUGGAUAAGCACAAAUCAAGGUUGGGACUGGUCAUUUGCGAUCUGUACUAUAGCUGUCUUAUUCUCUAUAAUCUUCUUGUGCAUGGGAAAGUCAUUAUAUCGAAAUAAUGUACCUAAAGGAAGCCCUUUCCUUCGCUUUAUACAGGUAUUUGUGGCUGCAAUUAGAAAUCGAAACCAUCCAAUCCCAGAUAUGACAGAGGAAUUACAUGAAAUUCACGAAAAGGAAAUAGCAAAACAAGAUGAAAUCCUCAAAAGGACUGAUCAAUUCAGGUUUUUGGACAGGGCAGCAAUUUUAAGAACGGAUAGCAAUGGUGCAUCAACCUCAGUAACGCCUGGACCCUGGAGAUUAUGCACAGUUACACAAAUUGAAGAAACAAAGAUCCUAAUUCGCAUGCUUCCUAUUAUACUAAGCACAGUGUUCAUGAACACAUGUUUAGCUCAACUUCAAACUUUCACAAUCCAACAAGGCACAACAAUGGAUACAAAUUUGUUCGGAUUUCACGUACCUGCCCCUUCAAUUCCAGUGAUUCCUCUGCUUUUCAUGUUCAUUCUAAUACCAAUUUAUGAUCGCAUUUUCGUUCCGUUCGCUCGAAAGAUCACAGGAAUUCCUACCGGAAUUCGGCACCUUCAGCGCAUAGGAGUAGGGCUAGUUCUGUCAGCUAUCUCAAUGGGGAUUGCUGGAAUUGUGGAAACUCACCGGAAAUCUGUAGCAAUUAAGCAUAACAUGGUCGAUUCUACCGAGCCAUUGCCGAUGAGCUUGUUUUGGCUGGGGAUUCAAUAUUCAAUAUUUGGAGCGGCUGAUUUGUUUACUUUGGUUGGACUGCUUGAAUUUUUUUAUGCAGAAAGCUCUGCUGGUAUGAAAUCAAUAAGUACAGCAAUCUCAUGGUGUUCUUUAGCUUUUGGAUACUUUAUGAGCUCAGUCGUGGUGGAGGUAGUGAACAAAGUGAGCGGUGGAUGGUUGGCCGAUAACAAUUUGAAUAGGGAUAAGUUGAGUUACUUCUACUGGUUAUUGGCAGGGAUGAGUGUUGUAAAUUUUGGGUUUUAUUUGGUAUGUGCAUCCUGGUACAGAUAUAAGAAUGUAGAACUAAUAAAUUCUAGUGAAGCUGAAUCUAAAGAAAAGCUUGAAUUAGUUGCAGUUUAGAUAAGAUAGGUCUUAGGGAUGUUAGAUUAAAACAGUUUAGUGUUUGUUUUUGUUCUUUUACGUGUAUUGUAUUGAUGUACACUUGAUGAAUAUAAGAAUAUAAUUAUGAGAAAA